CAAUAACUCAGAGACCUACUCCAUUGCUAUGAAUAUAACGUUCAAGCUCAUAGAUUUCCCCAGACAAUGCAUCAUUCAAGUAAAGGUGUGUGCUGGGCUGGCUGGCACUGACUUGCACAAGUAUGAAGAGAAAUCCAGCACAGCCUUGAGAGAAGAGGGAAACUUCAGUUCUCUGGGUGUAGAUGAAAAUAAGGACAACGACCCACGCUCCCAGAAACACCUGCUGAAAGGAGAGUGAAAGAUAAAACCCCAGGGAACAGGAGAGGCUGUGUUUGAACCAGAAAGACGAAGAGACUUAAGACUUCAGAAUGUAACACAACCCGGAGGAGAUUCUUCUACUUCAGUUCGUCCAAUGGGUCUCUGAUUCUAAUGUGGAAUUUUAGGCUCUGGGAUGUACAAGAUGUUGCUGUGUUUCUCAGCAUCACAUUUUAUUUAUAUCACCUAGCUGGAGCCAUCUCCAUCCACUCCCCCCAGAGGAGCCUCACGCGGUCGGUGCAGGAGGAUGUGUUUUUCUCAGUAGAUGUAACCUGCAUUGGGAUCCCCACUAUACAAUGGACCUUUAUGUCAGGAGCAGUGAGCCGCACCAUAGGGACUUGGAAGCCAGGGGCGUACACCAACAUAACGGUGGAUUACAGCAGCCGAGUGCAGCAUUACAACAACGGCUCUAUGGGCCUGUCGGACCUGCAGCUGCAGGAUGCUGGAUACUACGUGGUCACUGUCACAGAUACAACAGGAAGCAGCAAGGACACUGGCUUUGUCCUGAAAGUGAACGAGGUUCUCUAUGAGGAUCUUCAGUAUCUCUCUGUGUCUGCGUUGGCUCUGGCCUGCUUGGCUGGGCUUCUUAUGCUGACCAUGUGGCUUCUCGACAAGGCCUACAGGAAGAUCAUCGUAUGGAGACGAAGGAAGCAGAUGCCAGAAAACGAUGCCACAGAGCUGCAGACUCUUGAACAGACCGCUAGCUGACAUGAGAAUUCCCCUAAAGACUGUUCAACAAACAUAACAGCACUGCAACACAAGGACUGCUAUGUUAAAAUACAUGCUGUGUAUAAAACAAGAGAAUCUGUUAUUAGUGCAGCUCAUCUCUGAUAGCAAGUAAAUUGCUCACUCAUUUUAAGAGCUGGAUUUAUGUUUAUGUUUUGUAUUGAACGCACAUGAAUUUAAAGCACACUGCUGGUGACACUGAAUGAAUGUAAAUAUGUUACAAAAUUUG